UGCACAAGAGGUCAGCUUUGGUUUUCAAGAUGGCGGCGCUCAAUGUGCUGGUUUUCGGUUGCGGAAGGCUGCUCCGAGGGCUCCUGGCAGGCCCGGCCGCGAGCAUCUGGGCUCGGCCUCCAACUCGCGGGUUCAGGGAAGUGGUGGAGGUCCAAGAAGGGAAGACGACCAUGAUUGAAGGCCGAAUCACAGGGACUCCCAGGGAAAGUCCAGAUCCCCCCAACCCCUCCGGCCAGUGCCCCAUCUGCCGCUGGAACCUGAAACACAAGUAUAACUACGAGGAUGUUCUGCUGCUCAGUCAGUUUAUCCGGCCACACGGGGGCAUGCUGCCCCGAAGGGUCACAGGCCUGUGCCAGGAAGAGCACCAAAAGAUUGAGGAGUGUGUGAAGAUGGCCCACCGAGCAGGUCUGCUCCCAAAUCACAGGCCUAAGCUUCCCGAAGGAUUUGUUCCAAAGAGCAAACCCCGACUCAACAGCAGCACCCCCCUCCUUCAGCCUCUCCCACUGCCACUGGAAUUGCGCUCUAUGGUUAAAGCAGAGCAAGAUACCCCACCCCCAGCACCUAGGCUGAUCCCCAACAGAACCAUGGAGGAUGAGAGGCCAGGCAGAUACCAGCCAUGGAUUGCUGGGCUGGGGGUGCAGGGCCAGAGCCGGGUCUUCACUGACGCCUCGCCAGCACCCUGGCCCGUCUCCACCUGCACCUCCCACACUGCUAACUGGGCCAUCUGCCAGCAGCCCCGGGGGAACGGGACAUAUUAACCUCUUCCUGUCUUUCCCAAAUGUGCCGUGGACCAUUUGGGGGUUGAGCCCACCCCCACCCUCCCUUGUUAAGAGACAGCAGCAGGCCUGAGGACACAGUCCUUCCUGCCCUCGGGCCUUUGAAGCAAAGCCAGGCUCCCUCCCAUAUAUCCGGUGUCCUUUAACGUGACACGGGAUUGAUGACGUGUGGGGGCUCUUGGGUUGCAAGAGGCCAUCCUGGGGAGGAGAGAGACUCCUGGCUACAAGGAGGUCGAUUCCUUACAAGGGACUUUAGGAUUCCAUCCAGAGGUCCUUAAGCUGCCAUGCACUGGCCCAGGCUCUGCCAGGCCCCGGGGAGCCAUGCAUCCUCCUUCCCUGCCCCUUCAGGAGAGGUAGGGGGACGGAGCUCGAUUAGAAAGGAGCCUUGGUUCUUCUUAGAGCCGGAGUGUUCCCAGAGAACCGACCGGAGGCCCCCAGCCCCCUCCCCCACCAGCUGGCUGCUCCUUGUGGCACAAGCAUCUGGCCCAGGGCCAGCUGGGGUCUCUCCAGGGUGGGAGAGGCAGGGGGACUUUAGGGCAGCAACUCUGGAGAGCCUGGUGAGCCUUGGGAUCUUCUGCAGUCUUCAAACCCAAGAAGCACCCCUGUGGGGGAGCCUGCUCCCACACCCCGCCUCUUCAGCCACUCCGUCUGAUGCCUGGGAGAUGCCAGCACAGGGGCCUGCCAGGUCCCAGCACUACCACAGGCCGGGGCCUCUGUGCAGUGGGUCCCUGGGGCCGGCCCACUGCACAGAGGCCUCCCUGCUGGGGCGAUGACAGCCACCGUGGAUGUGGGGAAGUCCUCUCUUGCUUGCCCACCUCGCACGUGGCAUGGAUGUCAACACGCCCCACAGCUUUUACUUCCUCUCAGAGCUCAGAGCAGAAGACAGAGGUCCAGGGGAGCUCAGUUGGAAUGUAUAAAUCAGCAGUCCUUUUUUCACUCGUAUCUGAAAACUCUCCACCAUGGUUAUUCAUUUUCUUUCAUUAAAACCUCUCAUUUGAGGGUCUCUAGAGGCGGCUGGGUUGAGCCCUAACCUAGUGUGGAAGCAGGGGAGGAUCCUGGCCUUUGCCAUGGCUGAGCUUUCAGGACGAAGGGUGGGCCUCUGUGGACAGGAUCCAGGUUUCGUUCUGGACGGAGUAAACCCCAGUCCCAGCCGGCAUGAGCCACUUUUCCAGGAACUGUCAGGGCCCUGCCAUCCCCAAAGGAGGCCAGAGGACUGUGGGCGGCAGCCACCUUCCCCCCACCUCCCCUACUUACAGGAACCUUCCUGAACUAGGUCUGCACCCAUGGGCCCUCACCCUUGGCCCCCAUCUUGGGGCGGGUAAGGGGCCGGGAUCCUGCACCAGUCAUGCCCGCCCAGGCUUGUUCCCUGCGGGCUGGGGUGGCAGAGCCAGCCAAGUGGGGAAAAGGGAAGGAUUCCUCCAGGCCCUUACAUCAGCCUCUCCUCUCCCCACGACCGGGCCAGAGAGGGAUGAUCUGCUCUCUGAGCAGCCUCUUCCUCCGCCUCCUCCCCCAGCAGAUACAAACAUUGACGACUCAUGAAGAUCAAGGGAGCACGUGGCCUUGGGCUGCCUGACCCUGGCCACACACGCCUGCAGCAGCAGGAGCCCAGCCCAUCUGUUUACAGCACACUCGGCAGUUGCUCCCAGGAAAAGCCCCUUCUCCUCAAGAAGGGAAAACUGGUGAAAGGGUUUGGUUGGCCAAGCAUGGCUUGGGCCCGAGGAGGCCGUGCCCACGGUCCCAGCCGCAGCAUGGGCUGCCAGCCCUCACAGCUGCCUCCCCACUUCCCUCCACAGGUACCUGACCCGCUGGUCUCCCCGCUCCGUCAAGCCCAUCUACAACAAAGGCCACCGCUGGAACAAGGUGCGCAUGGCUGUGGGGUCCCCCCUCCUGAAGGACAACAUCUGCUACUCGAGCAGGCCUUUGGUGCUGUAUCACU